GUUUCCGUGAUUACUUUGUUUGGACUCAGGCGCACAGGUGGGCAAUAUCUCGAGAGAGAUAAAUGUAACGUUGAACGGGUAUAACAUCUUGGGACACAUUAUACGAAACUUGAGAUAGCAUUAAACUGGCAAAGCUUGGCAAAGAUCAACCCCUUGUUGAGAGCAUAAGCUCAACAUAUCCACGGAUUUUGCCCGGAGGAGAUUGCGAACAUGGAGAAUAACUUAUGUUCCCGCUCUGCUUAUACCUCCAUUACACUGCUAUAUCAUCUACACACUUCUCUCUUUCUCUAUUUCUCGCUAUCUCUUUGCCAUUCGUCCACCUUUACCUCCACCGUUGUCCUCCGGGAGUCUUCCUGGAGGUUCGUUCAUCUUGAAGUCGAUUGCUGGCCAUUCACAAGCCAAUUAUCUGCCAGUUGCAUAGCAUCGUUUGCGUGCACUGUAGUGAAGGUUCAUUACUUUAACUUCCAACCAAACGACACCAGGCCUCAGUUAGUGGAAGAGUGUUGCGCGGUUCGCACGCUAACGUCGAAGUAUAGAUCGUACCCUCAUACACGAAUUCGCGAGUGAUCAGCAGGGUAAUGGCGGACAAACAAAUCAAGCGCGGUGGCAACUGCCACUACGAUCCGCUGACACAUAUAUGGACCGGUUUAUCCACACCGCCACUGUACGAUAUCAAUCAAAGUAUUGGGCAGCUUAUACUCACUAAAUUGCAACGUUGUGAUCCGGAGCAUGUUACCCAAAUCAGUGCUGACAUCGAUCAAGGUCGCCCAGUAACGUAUGGGGAGAUGUAUCUCCGUACGGUGCGCAUCGCCCAACACCUUUCGCAGCUCGGGUAUGGCAAGGAUACACCGAUGGCGGCCCUAGCAUCCCGCAACGGGGAACACGUAGCACCGGUGAUGUUCGCCUGUUUCGCACUGGGUAUCCCCAUCAAUACACUGGACGUAGCAUUCAACGUUACUGAUUUUGCCCAUAUGUUCGGCAUCACGCGUCCGGUACUUGUGUUUUGUGAAAGCAACAUUUUGAGUGUGGUACGUGAAGCUGCCAAACGGGCCAUGAUAGAUCCCCAGUACAUAUUGUUUGAGGAUCACAUCAACGGGUAUCGUCACGUGUUGGAGCUGUUAGAGCCAACUUCAACCGAAGAAUUAUUCGAACCAGCCGUAUUAGACGAUCCUUCAACUCAUCUGGCAGCAAUUCUAUGCUCGUCUGGUACGACCGGUUUGCCCAAAGGAGUUAGUUAUUCUCACUCGUUCUGUAUUGCAAACUUAACGUCCCUGUGGCACAUGGAACCGAAUGAUUGCCUACUCGCGUUCAGCUCCUUGUACUGGUUGUCUGGUUUUGCCUCGCUGAUCAUCGGUACGAUUGCACAGGCAACGCGACUCAUUACCCGGGAACCGUUCACUCCCCAGCUGGCGAUCGACAUAAUGGAGCAGCACCGCGUGACAAUUGCCUUCUUCUCGCCCUAUCAAUCAAAUCUUCUCGUACACGAGCCACUACUCAAAGCGAAACCCUUUCCCGUACUUCGCUUAUUAUUAUGUGGUGGUGCACGUGUUUCCAAGCAGCUGUAUGCAUCGUUGCGAAGCUGUUUGCCGUCACAUACGCUCAUCCAAAUCGGUUACGGUAUGUCCGAGUCCUGCCUCAUCUCGCUGACGGACGGUUACAGCUAUCGGGACGAUUGUGUCGGUACACUGCAGGCACGUGCCGAGGCACGAAUCGUGGACGAUGAGACAGGACAGCGGGGUCUCCCACCUGGAGAAGCGGGAGAAAUUUUACUACGUGUACAGGUUCCCUUCUCCGGGUAUUACGGCAAUAAGACCGCUACCGUCGAUAUGAUGGGAUCGGAUGGUUGGAUACGUACCGGUGACAUUGGGCAUUUCGACACGGAUGGACAUCUGUACGUAAUCGAUCGAAAGAAGGACAUCAUUAAGUAUGCAGGCAAUCAGAUAUCUCCAACGGAGCUGGAGGUACUCAUCAAACAAUUACCGGGAGUACUUGAGUGUUGCGUCGUUGGUGUACCGGACGAAGGAACGGAUCUGCCCGCAGCACUCAUAAUUCGCACUCCAGGAUUAAUCGGGGAUGCCGUUUCAGCUGAACAAGUGCAACAGUAUGUCGAUGCCGAGGUAUCCAACUAUAAAAGACUACGGGGAGGCGUUUACUUUACCAGCGAGAUGCCUCUAACGCCAUCAGGAAAAAUAGUGCGUCGCAAGUGUCUGGAAAUUGUACAAAAUAUUCGUGAAGGCAAGCAACAGAGCGAAUCUUCGUUCUGAUCUUAAGCUAAAGAACGUACAAUGUUUGCCGGACACUUGUUAUAAUGUGUAUAAUAAAUAAAGAAGGUUGAAAUACAA